AUGGCAAGUGAAAGAAUUCAUAAGUAUGAUGAUUCGAAAGGUGCAAAAUGCAAACAAAAGAAUUGUUUUUCGAAUAGUUAUGGGAGUCCAUUUUGUUUGGUGAAGAAAUUCAAUGAUCAUAAUAUUUUGAAGGAAAGUUAUAAUAAGAUGAAUGUGAGGGGAGAUGAGAAAUGUAGUUUAAAUGAUCGUCUUCAGAAAUAUAGAUCUUAGGCUUAGAUGGCUUUGGAUAAAUUAGAGACUGGUAGAUUACAAAUACUAGAAGCAAUUAUUGAUACGAUAGAUGUAAUAGAAGUGUUAGGAAGAGGAAGAGUAAAUGUAACAUCGAAUUUAAGUGCGAAUGAAGAAAGCUUAGCAAUUGUGAUCUAUUUAUUAUAUAUUUUAAUGGACCAAAUUGAGCAUAGAAUAUAAUAAUUAAACCCUGAUUCCUCAAGUGUGAAGGAAAUAAUAGAUAUCCUAUCACAAUAUCAUUAAAUAACAACAAGAGAUUCUAUACAAAAAGUAGUAUUAACCUUAAAAUCUUGUUAAGAAUACUUCAGCCAAUAAAAUUACGAUCACUAUGGGGAAAUGGAUCAUAAGGUCUAGAAUGCAAUAGAAGAUGUUCAACGAUUAGAUGUAGUAAAAAUGAAGAAGUCGUUUACAAAGAAGAUGUCGACAAAAUCGAUUCGAUUAUUGUCAGAUAAAUUGAGAUUAGCAUUAAGUUAUUUGGAAACGGAUUGGAUUAGCAAGAAUAAUACAUCAUUCCAAUAUAAGUGGGCAUCAAUAAAAAUGAAGAAUAUUUAGCAAGUAAUGAUGAUGGACAUGAAGAAGUGGGAUAAAAAAUCACUUGAGUUAUUGAUCUGUAGAAUAUGUGAAAAAGAGAAUGUUAGAAAAACUGCUGAGGCAAAGAAACGAAUAUUAGAAUUGAAUUUGGAAAUGGCCAAUCUUUGUGAAGCAGCUUAUUAAGAAAAAAGAAAUGCCUAAGUAAAACAAGCUCUAAUAAAGUAAGAUUUGAUAAUAGUUAGUAAAAAUAAAAAGGUUUAAAAAAAUAAUAAUAAAUUCAGAAGAACGCUGACUUUCAAUAGUGAUGAAUAGGAGAACGAAUAAGAAUUAAUCAAUAUCAAUAAUGCUAUGACUAUAAUUAUUAAUUAUGCUGAUAAAAUAGUGAAUUAAUCUAAUGAUGAUCCUAAGUAAAAUCUUGUCAUCCUUAAUGAUCUCUCAAAUGCAGACAAUUAUAUUGAAAGUAAUGAGGCUAAGACCAUCAUAACACGUGUUCACAAAAGUAUUCUUGAUCGGAUGGAAUAUUUCAAAAAAUAAGAAGGUCAUCUUUAACAAUAUGAUAUGACUGUCCAAAUAUCCAAGAUCUAAGCUAUCAAAAAAUCUUUUGCCAAACAGAAUUCUCUCUCUUUUCGCUAAUCGAAGUUUUCCUAUGCCUCUCAGUCUCCAAGAAAUCGAUAAGCUGAUCCAAUACUUGAACAGGAAGAAGGAGAAAGACUUAAUUAGCCUAUAAUUCCCAAAAGAAGGGAAUUCAGAAUGAAUACUUCCAUAUUUAAGGUGAAUGAAGGAUGUGACAGUACUAGAAUAUCAUCUAAGCCAUUAACAGCAAGUUUUAUAAAUGAUCACACUGAUUCUGAUAGUAUGAUAUAGCCACUAUCUUUUGAUUCUGAUGCUGGAGAUAACAAGGUUCCAUCUAUCAAAGAAGAAUUAAAUAAUUCUUCUGAAGAGGAAUCAAGUUCAUCUAAUCCUUCCAAUCAAGUCAGAAGACAACUCUAAAUCAAAUAGAAAAACCGAGUUUCUAAUUUCCACUCCUAAGACAUUCAAUAAGCUAUCACUCCAACAUCCUCUUCUUCAUAACAAGUUUAAGUAACUAAGAAAAGCAAAUUCAGCAGUAAUGCUACGAAUAAUAGUCCACAGCUGGUUUAGGAAUAGAUUGAUCCCGUUCACACUGACAAGGGAUAUCACUCUGAUUCUGACAUGAUCAAGACCAAUUCUUCUGUAUCAAUUGAGUAGAAGAACGUUGGUAUAAAGGAUUUUGAAUUCAUUAAGCCAUUGGGAAAAGGAGCUUAUGGAUGGGUUUUUUAAGUGAAAAAGAAAGGCUCAGGAGAUAUGUAUGCAUUAAAGAUUAUAGAUUGUGCUCAAAGAAAUUUAGAAGCUUUCCUAGAACAAUUAAAGGCAGAGAGAAACAUUUUUGAAAUACUUAAUAGUCAUUUCGUUGUGAAGGCAUUUUUUUCAUUUGUACAUGAACAUUACUUAUGUUUUGUUCAAGAAUAUAUGGUGGGGGGUGAUUUGGCUAGCAUUCUGAAGUCGUACACAGCGUUGGAUGAAUUCUAUGUGAGACAUUAUAUGGCUGAAAUAAUAUUGGCUUUGGAAUAUUUGAGAAAUCAAAAUAUUGUACAUAGAGAUUUAAAACCAGAAAACAUUUUAUUGGACUCUCAAGGACAUGCCAAAUUGGCAGACUUUGGAUUAUCUGAAAAGGGUUUGAAUAGCAGAUUAAAAAUGAAAAGAGAGAGUUAAGUGUUACCAGAAUGUAUCUCCUAAUAAUUUAAUGAUUCAUCAGAAUUUUAUGAGCACAUCAAAAAGGCUGAAUCCAUUUUCAUUGAAUCUAAGAAUAGUGGCAAUAAAAAGAUCAUUGGGACUCCUGAUUAUAUUGCACCUGAAAUUAUUCAAGGUGUAUCAGUAACCAAUUAUUCAGCUGAUUAUUGGAGUUUAGGUGUUAUCAUGUAUGAAAUGCUAUGUGGAAUUACCCCUUUUAAUGAUGACACAGUAGAGAAGAUAUUUGAGAACAUUCUCAAUUUAAGAAUUGAGUGGCCCAAAUUAGGAGAUGAUGGAGAGGACUGUAUUUCUUAUGACUCCUAUGAUCUUCUCACACGUCUAUUAGAAUAAGAUUACACAUAGAGAAUUGGACAUGUCUCUAUUGAUGAAAUUAAAUAGCACAAAUUCUUUAAAGGUAUCGAAUGGAACACUUUACUUAACAAACCAGGUGUAAUCAUUCCUGAUUUGGAUUAAUCUUCAAGAGACACUGAGAAGAUGGAGUAAUUCUUAGUUAAACUAACUAAACCCACUAAGGAUUAGGAACAUAAGAAAUUAACCUAGCAGCUUAAGAAUCAAUUGUAGAAUUUAGAACGCAUUGACCUAUUGAAACAAAGAAGUGUACAAGAGGCAGAGGAAUAUAUACAGACGAUUGAAAGAGAAUAAAGUUAUAUACAAAAAUAGAUUGAUUAACUUACUUAAUUUACUGCAAAGCUAUAUUCUUCACAUAUGAAAUAUAAAUGA